CAAAUCACCACAUUGAUUUGUGAGGAAGCAAACCUCUACAGAGAGGAGCAGCAGCAGAGCAGAGCAGAGCAGGAAGGAGAUGAAAUGAACGGAGGAAGGGGCCUUCAAUUCUGAAGAGAGAUCCAAUUGAUGUCGGGUGGAGGUGCUGGCGGCGGCGGCGGCGGCGUUCCUCCCCAAACACUGGGCGGCCAUUCUCGGUGCGGGUGGGUUCUGGGCCCCUCCUUGGACAAGAUCAUCAAGAACGUUUCCUGGAGGAAGCACUCUCAGCUGGUCACCGCCUGCAAAUCCGCCCUCGACAAGCUCGAUUCUCUGGUCGACGACCCCCUCGAUCCCGCUUCCUGCUCCCCUCUCUACGGCAUCUCCUCCCCAGAUGAUGCUGAUUUCGUCCUCCACCCCAUCAUCCUCGCCCUCGACUCUGCCUCCCCUAAGGUUGUGGAGCCAGCUCUCGACUGCGCCUUCCGCUUGUUCUCUUUCGGCAUUAUCCGCUGCGAGAUCGAGGUUGGAACGCCGCCUCCCCUCAUCUUCCGCAUCAUCGAUUCCGUCUGCAAGUGCGGCGGCUCUCUAGAUGACGAGGCCGUCGAGCUUGGCCUUCUUCGCGUCCUCCUCUCUGCUGUCCGAUCCCCCUACGUCAUUAUUAGGGGCGAUUGCCUUGUCCACAUUGUCAGGUCCUGUUAUAAUGUUUACCUGGGUGGCUUGAACGGCACCAAUCAGAUCUGCGCCAAGUCUGUCCUAGCUCAAAUGAUGGUCCUCGUUUUCACUAGGGUCGAGGAGGACUCCAUGGCCAUCCUCUCCAAGACUGUUUCUGUAGCUGAUCUCUUGGAGUUCACCGACAGAAAUUUGAACGAGGGCAGUUCUAUUCAGUUUGCUCAAGAUUUUAUCAACGAGAUCAUGGACACCAAAGCCAAGGAAGUACUUCCUGAUUCCAAGCUCUCCCUGUUAUUGGAGAAUGGUGACAUUAAAAAAAGCAAAGGUGAUAUGGUAGAUGAUGAGUCAAGGGAAGGGGCUGGUCUUGACCUCUACAGCAAGAUCCGUGAGGAUGGGUUCAUGCUUUUCAAGAAUUUAUGCAAAUUGUCCAUGAAAUUUUCGUCACCAGAGCACACUGACGAUCAAAUUCUGCUAAGAGGGAAAAUACUUUCAUUAGAGCUCCUCAAGGUUGUCAUGGAUAAUUCAGGCCCAAUUUGGCUCUCCGAUGAGAGGUUUUUAAAUGCUAUCAAGCAGUUUCUUUGCUUAUCAUUGUUGAAGAACAGUGCACUGUCUGUUAUGACUAUUUUUCAGCUCCUUUGUUCAAUAUUCGAGAAUCUAUUAUCAAAAUAUAGGCCCGGAUUAAAAUCUGAAAUUGGAAUCUUCUUUCCUAUGUUGAUCCUACGUGUGCUAGAGAAUGUGCUCCAGCCUAGUUUCCUCCAGAAGAUGACAGUUCUGAGCUUACUGGAUAAAAUUUCUCAAGAUCCUAAGAUUAUAGUUGACAUUUUUGUCAACUAUGAUUGUGAUGUGGAUGCUCCAAACAUAUUUGAAAGAACUGUCAAUGGCCUCCACAAAACGGCAUUGGGCCCACCUCCUGGCUCGGCUACCACUCUAUCUCCAGCCCAAGAUUUGACAUUUCGGCUUGAAUCAGUGAAGUGCUUAGUCAGAAUUAUAAACUCCAUGGGUACAUGGAUGGAUUCCCAACUAAAAUUAGGGGAAUCUAAUCCAGCGAAGUUCUCUGGUAAUGAUAGCAUGAUUGAAAAUAUUGCUGCACCCAAUGAAGAUGGUAACCUGCCCGACUAUGAUCUACAUUUAGAGGAGAGUUCUGAAUUCUCUAAUGCUGUUACCUUGGAGCAAAGGCGUGCUUAUAAACUGGAAAUACAGAAAGGCGUAUCUCUGUUCAACAGAAAGCCUUCAAAAGGGAUUGAAUUCCUAAUGAAUACAAGAAAGAUUGGUAAUUCCCCUGAAGAAGUAGUUUCUUUCCUGAAGAACACUUCUGGACUAAAUGCCACCAUGAUUGGUGAUUAUUUGGGUGAGAGGGAUGAAUUUGCCUUGAAGGUUAUGCACGCAUAUGUUGAUUCAUUUAACUUUGAACAAAUGAACUUUGGAGAAGCAAUCAGAUAUUUCCUACGAGGUUUCAGAUUGCCUGGUGAAGCCCAGAAAAUAGACCGUAUAAUGGAAAAAUUUGCUGAGCGCUACUGUAAAUGCAAUCCAAAUUCUUUCACAAGCGCUGAAACUGCGUAUGUCCUUGCUUACUCAGUGAUAAUGCUUAACACUGAUGCACACAAUAGCAUGGUGAAGGAUAAGAUGACUAAAGCUGAUUUCAUCAGGAAUAACCGUGGAAUUGACAAUGGAAAAGACUUGCCCGAAGAUUAUUUGGGUGACCUGUAUGAUCAAAUUGUGAAAAAUGAAAUUAAGAUGAGUGCAGAUUCUACUGCACAACAAAGCAAACAAGGCAAUAGCCUGAACAAACUUUUGGGCUUAGAAGGUAUACUGAAUUUAGUUUGGAAGCAGACUGAAGAAAAGCCACUGGGCACAAAUGGAGAUCUUAUAAGGCAUAUACAAGAGCAGUUCAAAGCUAAAUCUGCUAAAUCAGAGUCUAUUUUUUAUAGUGUUUCCAAUCCAGCAAUAUUGAAGUUUAUGGUUGAAGUUUGCUGGGGCCCAAUGCUUGCUGCAUUUAGUGUAACACUAGACCAGAGUGAUGACAAGACUGCGACCUCUCUGUGCUUGAAGGGCUUCCGACAUGCAGUGCAUGUUACUGCAAUCAUGGGUAUGCAGACACAGAGAGAUGCAUUUGUUACAACUGUUGCUAAAUUCACGUAUCUCCAUUGCGCGGCAGAUAUGAAACAAAAGAAUGUCGACACUGUUAAAGCAAUAAUAUCCAUUGCCAUUGAAGAUGGCGAUUUCCUUCAAGAAGCUUGGGAACAUAUUUUAACAUGUCUAUCUAGAUUUGAGCAUCUACAACUGUUGGGAGAGGGUGCACCAUCUGAUGCAUCCUUUCUUACAACUGCAAGUGCUGAAACUGAAGAGAAAUCCUUGAAGUCGGCAAGCUUGAAGAGAAAAGGAACCCUGCAGAAUCCAGCUGUAGCUGCUGUUGUUCGUGGGGGCUCAUAUGAUAGCACAACACAUGGAGUUAACUCUCCAGUGCUUGUUUCUCCAGAGCAAAUAAACAACUUCAUUUCAAACUUGAAUCUACUUGAUCAGAUUGGGAGUUUUGAACUUAACCACAUCUUUGCUCACAGCCAAAGAUUAAACAGUGAAGCGAUAGUGGCUUUUGUUAGAGCUCUUUGCAAAGUUUCAAUGUCAGAAUUACAAUCUCCAACUGACCCUCGUGUAUUCAGCCUUACAAAGAUGGUUGAAGUUGCGCACUAUAAUAUGAGCCGCAUUAGAUUAGUAUGGUCUCGCAUAUGGUGUGUUCUUUCCGAUUUUUUUGUGGCUGUUGGUCUGUCAGAAAAUCUUUCUGUUGCAAUUUUUGUUAUGGACUCACUGCGGCAGCUUGCUAUGAAAUUCCUUGAGCGAGAAGAGCUUGCAAACUAUAAUUUCCAAAAUGAAUUUUUGAGACCAUUUGUGACUGUUAUGCAAAAAAGCAACUCGUCUGAAAUCAGGGAGUUAAUUGUUCGGUGUAUCUCACAAAUGGUGCUUAGUCGCGUCAACCAUGUAAAAUCCGGAUGGAAGAGUGUUUUUAUGGUGUUUGCUGCUGCUGCUGCUGAUGAAAGGAAGAACAUAGUGUUACUAGCUUUUGAAACCAUGGAAAAGAUUGUACGAGAAUAUUUUCCUUACAUAACUGAAACAGAAACUGUAACUUUCACUGAUUGUGUCAGAUGCCUUAUUGCAUUCACAAACAGUAGAUUUAAUAGCGAUGUUAGCCUCAACGCAAUUGCUUUUCUCCGUUUCUGCGCUCAGUUUGAACGAUUAUCUGGUCUGUCAUCAGACCCUCGGUUGGCCAUCAGGAAGAGUGCUCUUGAGGUUCUCUUUAAUAUUUUAAAAGACCAUGGCCAUCUCUUCUCUCACUUGUUUUGGGAUAGUGUUUUCAAUUCUGUCAUCUUCCCAAUAUUUAAUUCUGCUCGUGAUAAAACUGAAGCAGAAUUUAAGGAUUACCAAUCUUCCCCAAGAUCUGGAUCUUUGCAAAUGGAUAGACAGUUGUGGGACUCUGAAACUUCUGCAGUGGCGGCUCAAUGCCUGGCUGAUCUAUUCAUUAAUUUCUUUGAUGUGGGCAGGUCUCAGCUUCCUGGCGUAGUGUCAAUACUAGUGGGAUUUAUAAGAAGUCCUGGCCAAGGCCCUGCAAGUACUGGUGUAUCUUCACUAAUGCAUUUGGCUGGUGAGUUGAGAGGCAGGCUUUCAGAAGAGGAGUGGCAAGAGAUCUUUCUUGCUUUGCAAGAUGCUGCUGCUUCUAGUGUGCCCAAUUUCUUAAAGCUCUUGCAAACAAUGAGCAGCUUUGAUAUGUCUGAUAUUAGCGAGUCCAAUAAUGAUGUGGAAUCAUCAGAUGAAGUUGGGUCAUCUAAUGACUAUGAGGGUGACAAUCUGCAAAUGGUUGGGUAUGUUGUAUCAAGGAUGAAAGGUCAUAUAGGUACACAACUACUCAUUUUGCAGGUAGCUACUGAUCUCUGUAAGAUGCGCCGUCAGUCACUGAGUGCUGCCACUGUAACAAUCCUUCUUGGGAUUUAUUCAUCUAUCACCUCUCAUUCUCACCAGCUAAAGUCGGAUGGAAUCCUAGAAUUGAAGCUGCAGAGAGCAUGCUCAAUACUGGAGAUCCCAGAACCACCAUUAUUGCACUUUGAAAACGAGUCAUUUCAGAAUUACAUCAAUUUCCUGCACGAUUUGCUCGCUAAUUACCCAGCAUUGGGCAAGGAGAAAAAUAUAGAAGCAGAACUUGUGUCUGUAUGCGAGAGAGUCCUGCGGAUAUACUUGGAUUGUGCUGCUGGGGGGUUGCAGCAGCAGCAGCACCCAGGCAACAACAAGCAGCAGCAGAAGCUUCACUGGAUUCUUCCCUUGGGCUCAGCCAAGAAGGAAGAAUUGGCGGCUAGGACUCCUUUAGUUCUUUCCGUAUUACAUGUAUUGAGUGCUUUGGAAGGUGAUACUUUCAAAAAGUACGCUUCGCAGCUGUUUCCAUUGUUGGUAGAUCUUGUCCGGAGUGAGCAUAGUUCUGGAGAAGUUCAGCAAGUUCUAAGUGGCGUGUUUCGUUCGUGCAUAGGCCCAUUAAUAAUAGUGAAAAUGUGAAAUUCCAUUUUGUAAAUUAGUACAUAUUUCUACUAGCCGGAGGACCAUAUUUAUAGACGGGCUGAAAUUUUGUCUAACAAAUGCCGAUGCCAUAAUCGUCCUGCUACACUGCUAUCCGAAAGAAAAUAACAAUCAGUCAAGGAACAAAACGUACGUUGCCAG